AAAGCAAGUGUAAAAAAUAUAUUUAUCUUUUUGCAGAUUUAACCCAGACUGACUUCACUAUAGAAACACCCACAGCUGUAUCAAUGGUUGGGGAAAGAUAGUGGCAACAGGCAAAGGACCAACAUCUCUGACAUACCAAAGACAAUGAGUAUGUUAAAACCAAGCGGGCUUAAGGCCCCCACCAAGAUUCUUAAGCAUGGAAGCACAGCCCUGAAGACACCUGCUGCAGUUGCAGCACCAGUAGAAAAAACAGUAUCUAGUGAAAAAGCACCAAGCACUCCAGCUUCUGAGGCACAGGAGGAAUUUGUGGAUGACUUCCGAGUUGGAGAGCGAGUUUGGGUAAACGGGAAUAAGCCUGGAUUUAUCCAGUUUCUUGGAGAAACCCAGUUUGCACCAGGCCAGUGGGCUGGAAUUGUUUUAGAUGAACCCAUAGGCAAGAAUGACGGUUCAGUGGCAGGAGUUCGGUAUUUCCAAUGUGAACCUUUAAAGGGUAUAUUUACUCGACCUUCAAAGUUAACAAGGAAAGUACAAACAGAAGACGAAGCUAAUGGUACGCAGGCAACUCCUGCUUCCAGAACAACUUCGCCUCUGUCAACUUCUGUGGUCAGCGUUGUGUCCACCCCCCCAAAUAUCCCCCCGAAAUCAUCCCAGCCAACAGCAAAGGAAACUCCAGCUGCCUCUCAGAUCAGCAACCUUACAAAAACUGCCAGUGAAUCUAUCUCCAACCUCUCAGAGGCUGGCUCAAUCAAGAAAGGAGAAAGAGAGCUGAAAAUUGGAGACAGAGUAUUGGUUGGUGGCACAAAGGCUGGUGUAGUCCGGUUUCUUGGGGAGACAGACUUUGCCAAAGGGGAGUGGUGUGGUGUGGAGUUAGAUGAGCCUCUUGGGAAGAAUGAUGGGGCUGUUGCUGGAACAAGGUAUUUCCAGUGUCAACCCAAAUAUGGCUUGUUUGCUCCUGUCCACAAAGUUACCAAGAUUGGUUUCCCGUCCACCACGCCAGCCAAAGCGAAGGCAGCCGCUGUGAGACGAGUGAUGGCCACCACUCCUGCUGGCCUGAAGCGCAGCCCCUCUGCCUCUUCUCUGAGCUCCAUGAGCUCCGUGGCUUCAUCUGUGAGCAGCAAGCCCAGCCGAACAGGACUAUUGACUGAAACAUCCUCCCGUUACGCCAGGAAGAUCUCCGGCACCACUGCCCUGCAGGAGGCUCUGAAGGAGAAGCAGCAGCACAUUGAGCAGCUGCUGGCUGAACGGGAUCUAGAGAGGGCAGAGGUGGCCAAGGCCACGAGCCACGUGGGGGAAAUAGAGCAGGAGCUAGCUCUUGCCCGGGACGGACAUGACCAGCAUGUCUUGGAAUUGGAGGCCAAGAUGGACCAGCUCCGGACAAUGGUGGAAGCAGCCGAUAGGGAGAAGGUGGAGCUACUCAAUCAACUUGAAGAGGAGAAAAGGAAGGUUGAAGACCUUCAGUUCCGGGUUGAGGAAGAAUCUAUUACUAAAGGAGAUCUUGAGCAAAAGAGCCAGAUUUCUGAAGAUCCCGAGAAUACGCAGACCAAACUGGAGCAUGCCCGCAUUAAGGAGCUUGAACAGAGCCUGCUCUUUGAAAAGACCAAAGCUGACAAACUCCAGAGGGAGUUAGAAGACACUAGGGUCGCUACAGUGUCAGAAAAAUCCCGUAUAAUGGAAUUAGAGAAAGAUCUGUCAUUGAGAGUGCAGGAAGUAACUGAGCUUCGAAGAAGGCUAGAGUCCAGUAAGCCUACUGGGAAUGUCGAUAUGUCACUCUCCCUUUUGCAAGAGAUAAGCUCCUUGCAAGAAAAGUUGGAAGCCACCCACACUGACCAUCAGAAAGAAAUUACUUCUCUGAAGGAACACUUUGGAGCCCAGGAAGAAGCACAUCAGAAAGAAAUAAAGGCUCUUCAGGCUGCCACAGAGAAGCUUUCCAAAGAGAAUGAGUCAUUGAGAAGCAAGCUUGAUCAUGCCAACAAGGAGAAUUCAGAUGUGAUAGCCUUGUGGAAGUCCAAGCUGGAGACUGCCAUCGGGUCCCACCAGCAGGCAAUGGAGGAGCUAAAGGUGUCCUUCAGCAAGGGGGUUGGAACAGAGGCAGCAGAAUUUGCUGAACUAAAAACACAAAUAGAAAAACUGAGACUGGAUUAUCAACAGGAGAUAGAAAGUUUACAGAAUAAACAAGACUCUGAAAGAUCUGCUCAUGCUAAUGAGAUGGAAUCCCUAAAGACCAAGCUGAUGAAUGUAAUUAAAGAAAAAGAGAACAGCCUGGAAGCCAUCAAAUCGAAACUGGACAGAGCAGAAGACCAGCAUCUAGUAGAAAUGGAAGACACCUUAAAUAAAUUACAGGAAGCUGAAAUAAAGGUAAAGGAACUAGAGGUACUACAAGCCAAAUGCAAUGAACAAACCAAAGUUAUUGAUAAUUUUACAUCACAGUUCAAGGCUACUGAAGAAAAGCUCUCGGAUCUUGAUGCACUUCGGAAAGCCAGUUCCGAAGGUAAAUCGGAAAUUGAGAAACUUAGACAGCAGCUUGAGGCAGCUGAGAAACACAUAAACAAUUUAGAGGUUGAAAAGAAUGCUGAAAGUGGCAAGGCUAGUACCAUUACCAGAGAGCUGCAGGGGAAAGAGCUAAUGCUUAAUAAACUUCAGGAAAACUUGAGUGAAGUCAGCCAAGUGAAAGAGACUUUGGAAAAAGAACUUCAGAGUUUGAAAGAAAAGUUUGCUGAUGCUUCAGAGGAGGCAGUCUCUGUUCAGAGAAGUAUGCAAGAUACUCUAAACAAAUUGAGUCAAAAAGAGGAACAGUUUAACACUCUGUAUUCUGAAUUGGAAAAGCUGAGAGGAAAUUUAACAGAUAUGGAAGCAAAAUUUAAAGAGAAGGAUGAAAGAGAAGAACAAUUGAUAAAGGCAAAGGAAAAAUUGGAAAAUGACAUUGCAGAAAUAAUGAAAAUGUCAGGAGAUAAUUCCUCUCAGCUGACAAAAAUGAAUGAUGAAUUACGUUUGAAAGAAAGAUGUGUAGAAGAUUUACAACUAAAACUUACAGAGGCUACUGAAAAUGCCAGUUUUCUACAGAAAAGUAUUGGAGAAGUAACUCUCAAAGCAGAAAAGAGUCAGCAAGAAGCAGCUGUAAAGCAUGAGGAAGAAAAACAAGAGAUGCAGAGAAAACUGUUAGAUCUGGAAAAGAAAAUGGAAAUGAGCCAUAAUCAGUGUCAGGAUAUGAAAGCUAGAUACGAAAAGGCCAGCUCUGAGACUAAGGCCAAGCACGAAGAAGUCCUGCAGAACCUACAGAAGAUGCUGCUGAACACAGAGGAGAAGCUGAAGGCAACACAACAAGAAAAUGGCAGCUUGCUGCAGGAGAUGGCGGAGCUGAGAAAACAAGCUGACAGAGCUAAAUCGCUAACUUAUUUGUUAACAUCAGCCAAAAAAGAAAUUGAACUAAUGUCAGAAGAGCUGAGGGGUCUGAGAUCAGAGAAGCAGCUUCUUGCACAGGAGGGAAAUGCUUUAAAGUUAGAAAAAGGUUCACUCUUAUCAAAGCUUGUAGACGUGGAGGCGAAAAUAACUUUACUUCAGGAAGACCAACGGAAUCUGUGGUCAGUAAACGAAGCUCUUAAUUUAGAAAAGGAGAAAGUCUUAGAAGAAAAGCAAGAUGCUGAAAAACUUUACCAGCAGGAACAUCUCAAUAAAGAAGCUUUGGCUGUUGAGAGAGAGAAAUUACUUAAAGAAAUCAAUACAGCACAGGAAGAACUCUUGAAGAUAAAUGUGGAAAACAACUCUUUGCAAGCUUCCAAAGCAAGCUUGCAGGCACUUGUACAAGAACUCCAGUUCAGCAAAGGUAAUUUGAUCACUCAGUCUAAGAAGGAUCAGGAAGAAAAAGAUCACCUGGAGGAGCGUAUCAAGAAGCUUGUUAUGGAAAACCUUACCUUGGUUAAAGACAAGGAUGAAAUUAUUCAGAAACUUCAGAACUCUUAUGAAGAGCUAGUCAAAGAUCAGAGAACCUUGGUGCAAGAGAUUGAAGAGCUGACAGCUGAGAAAAAAUCAGCUUUAGAGAAGCAGUCAGGUCUUGAUAACAUGUGUGUAGCCUUAAAGAUUGAAAGAGAUAAUCUUGUUCAGAAUAACAGAGAUCUUCAGUUUGAGAAGGACAUGCUGCUUCAAGACCAAGAGAAACUGAAUGCCAGCCUAGAGGCCGCCCUGCAGGUCAAACAGCUGCUCAGCACAGAGGCCGGGUGUCUCCGUACACAGCUGGAUGACACCAGUAAAGCUCUGAGAAAGGCUGAACUGGAGACUUUGCAGCUGCAGGCUACAAAUACAAGCCUCACAAAGCUGCUGGAAGAAAUUAAGACCAGUUCAGAGAUAACAGAUUCAGAGUGCAUUCAGCUUCUGCAUGAAAAAGAAACCUUGGCUUCAUCUGAGAGAAGGCUUUUGGCUGAAAAAGAAGAACUUCUAAAUGAAAAUACCCUCAUCACUGAAAAACUCAACAAAUAUUCAGAAGAGGCUGCCCAUACUGAGAUGAGCCUGAAUGAGAAGAUUACUUACUUAAGUUCUGAGAAUGAGAUAGCUUGUCAGAAAAUUACUAAACUCAAAAAGCAGCAUGACAACCUCUUGAAAGAAAAAUCUGUACUGGAAAUGCAAAAUGGAGAUUUACUUGCAGAAAGGGAAGAUUCCAUCAAAGCUAUAGGAGACCUGAAAAGGAAGUAUGAUCAGGAAUCUGCAAACAGGAGAAUCAUCGUGCAUGAAAAGAUGAAGCUACUUGGUAACCUUGAUGCUCUGAAGAAAGAGCUUCAAGAGAGAAAGAAAGAAAACCAGGAACUAGCAGCCAGCAAGUGUGAUCUCUCAUUAAUGCUAAAAGAGACUCAAAACGCCAAAAAGAAUCUGGAGAAAGAGCACACAAACAUAUUGCAAGCAAAGGAGAGUUUAAAUGCUGAACUUAAGACCUGCUGUUCUGAAAAGAAUAUCUUGCUGCGGGAUGGACUAAACCUGCAAGGAGAGUGUCAGAAGCUGAAGGAGGAGAUCCAUGCAGUUCAGCAGUCCUUGGUUCUGGAAAAAGAUGCCAGAGCAAAGGAAAAUGAGUCAUCCUUGUAUGAAAGCAAUAAACUUCAUGGGAGAGUGGUGCUCCUGGAGCAAGAGGUAGAAGAAUUACGAGUGUGUAGUAAGGAGCUCCAGUCUGAAAACUUUGAAUUAAUCCAAGAGAAGACCAAAUCAGAACAAAAAAUGAUAGAGAUAAUUAAGGAAAAGGAACUCUUAAAUGCAGAAACAGCUAGCCUUGCUGCCAAUAUAGAAACUCUGAAAAAUGAUUUUGCUGCCUUGUCCAAGUCCAAGUUAGAACUGCAGGAUCUGCACAGCUACCUCACCAAGAUCCUAAAUGACCUCAAAGUGAACCAUGAGGUGACCCUGGCUGACCGAGCCAAGGUGAUGCAGGACAACAAGAACUUGCUGGCUGAGAAAAGAGAAAUGAUACUGGAAAAGGAUGAGCUCCUGAAGGAGAAGGAAAAACUGGCAGAAAGCUACUUUAUCCUUCAAAAAGAGAUCAGCCAGUUGGCCAAAACCAAUAGCCACAUUUCAUCCAAUCUCCUAGAAUCUCAGAAUGAAAACCGUAUUUUGAGGAAAGACAAGAGCAAACUCACUCUUAAAAUUAGAGAGCUCGAGACGCUUCAGUCAUUCACGGCUGCUCAAACAGCAGAAGAUGCAAUGCAGAUAAUGGAACAGAUGACCAAAGAGAAGACCGAAACUCUGGCCUCCUUGGAGGAUACCAAGCAAACAAACGAAAAACUACAGAAUGAAUUGGAUACUCUUAAAGAAAACAACUUGAAAAAUGUGGAAGAAUUGAACAAAUCAAAAGAACUUCUGACUGUAGAGAAUCAAAAAAUGGAAGAAUUCAGGAAAGAAAUAGAAACCCUAAAGCAGGCAGCAGCUCAGAAGUCCCAGCAGCUUUCUGCAUUGCAAGAAGAGAACGUGAAACUUGCCGAGGAACUGGGAAGAAGCAGGGACGAAGUCACAAGUCAUCAAAAGUUGGAAGAAGAAAGAUCUGUGCUCAACAACCAGUUGUUAGAAAUGAAAAAGAGAGAAUCCAAGUUAAUAAAAGACACAGAUGAAGAGAAAGCUUCCUUGCAGAAAUCCAUCAGUAUUACGAGUGCCUUACUCACAGAAAAGGAUGCAGAACUGGAGAAACUGAGAAAUGAGGUCACAGUGCUGAGGGGAGAAAAUGCCUCUGCCAAGUCCUUGCAUUCAGUUGUUCAGUCUCUAGAAUCUGAUAAGGUGAAGCUUGAGCUCAAGGUAAAGAACUUGGAGCUUCAACUUAAAGAAAAUAAGAGGCAACUCAACAGUACCACAGGUAAUACUCAGGCAGAAGAGGAUGAAAGAGCCCAAGAAAGUCAGAUUGAUUUCCUAAAUUCAGUAAUAGUGGACCUUCAAAGGAAGAAUCAAGACCUCAAGAUGAAGGUGGAGAUGAUGUCAGAAGCAGCCCUAAACGGAAACAGUGAUGACCUAACUAAUUAUGACAGUGAUGACCAGGAGAAACAGUCCAAGAAGAAGCCUCGCCUUUUCUGUGACAUUUGUGACUGCUUUGAUCUCCAUGAUACAGAGGAUUGUCCUACUCAGACACAGAUGUCUGAGGACCCCCCUCAUUCCACACACCAUGGCAGUCGGAGUGAGGAACGGCCAUACUGUGAAAUCUGUGAGAUGUUUGGGCACUGGGCAACCAACUGCAAUGACGAUGAGACCUUCUGAUGACAUUUCAGAUGAAGAACUGUGCUUUCUCAGACGCACUGGCAUUCAGGCAAUUGAACACCAGCAUUGUGUGUGCAGACUUCAGGAGAAGUUAGGUUAUUUUUGACCCCCAUCAACAAAUCUAAGAAAAUAUUUUGGUCUUCAACAAAUUCCCCCUUUUAGUCUCCCCUUACAAGGUAGAAUAAUAAAUACUCAGUAGGUGAAUUUUCACCUCUGAUUUUGUCUUCUUGAUUUUCAAAAGUUUUAACAAAACAUUGCACCAGAUGCCAUUACAUUUAUUAUUCCUAGGGGAACCUCAUAGAACUAGCCCUACCCUUACAAUAUCGUAUUUAAGUAACUUAAAUUAUGCCGUUACUUUUCAUAUUUGCACUAAAAUAUUUCCAGGCUGCAUAUGUAUAUUUAGAUGUUUUGGUUAGCUUUGACACUGGAAUAAGUUGGAAAAAAUGUGCCAUUUUGUAUUUUCAUCUACUCAUUUAAAGUAUUUUAUUCUUAAUCAAAGAAAUAUCUGAGCUCUUUGCACUACCUGAUGUUAGUAGUGCCUGUAUUGCAGGCUUGACAGACUACAUAGGUAUGACUAUAAGAUCCUGAAGCAGGUAAUGGGCAGGGGGAAGCCCCCAACUAUUGUGGGGACAUCUUAUGAUCUAUGUGCUGCACCCACCUUCUCUACUGUGGUGUUUGCUGAUCAGUUUUGCGUAAUUUCAGCUUCUAUAUAGUAAUGUAUAUAUUUUUUUAAAAAUCUAUAUUUUGGGAAAAACAUACACAUGUGUCAUUCUUCUCAGAUUUUUACUUUUAUGAAAAAGAAUACACUUAACAUGUGCAGCAGGCCAUAAUGGGCUAGGCUAGAAAUAGCACCACAUGGCUUUACAACUAUUUUUCCUUUUGUCUUCAUUUUUGUUUCUCUGUCAGAGAUAUAAAUAACUGGGAGAAAUUGCUCCCAAAGGAUUCCUUUUUCUAGUAGAAAUCCUCAGUAGAUAAUUAAAUAAUAAGCCACUCUAAAACACCUAAAUUAACCAACCUACAAUCUUUACAAUCUUUUACUGUUUUUAGAUGAAUGUACAAUGAGAAAUUCAAAAUUUAUAAUUUUGGAUUUUCUUAUCACAAAAAAAUGAAGGGACCUCAAUCAUCAGAAUCUUAUCAACCAGUUUAAAUCUAUUUAUCUUCAUUUGAAUGUCUUCUAGGAAAUGUAAAAAGUAAUAAAUGUAUCUUCCAUGCUACAUGUAUAAUAAGAACUUCUAUAAUUGUAUAUAUGACCUUGAUGUAUUUCCCCUCAAGAUUAUCAGCUGUGUGUUUGACAAGUGAAAAAUCUGUAAUCAGUUCAAAAUUUUGGUUACAAACAUUAUAAUAGGAAUUGUUCACACAGUAUGUAAUACAGUAUUAAAAUUUGAACAAACAAGUAUCCUGUAUCUACUUUAAUAAAUUUUUCUUUGGUCAAUGGUUAUAA